CGCCACAUACCAUCGCAGCAGCCUAUGGAACGGAAAUGUCUUCGCCGGCCAUCUAUCGAUGCCACGCAGCCAGGUGGCCAACUCAGUAUAUGCCACGUUUGUGUCCAACGAGAAUGAGACCUACUUUAUGUCUCGUUACACAGCCUCGCCAACGCCAGUGCUGGCGCGGUCAGUGUUGUGGGCCAAUGGAUCCUUCCAGCGUUGGUUUCUUGUCAGGGGUGGCAAGAGAGAGUGGCAAUUUCUGUGGUCGUUUCCGGCGGACGAGUGCGAUAAGUACAAUCACUGCGGCCGCAACAGAGUGUGCACCAAUAAAUACGUUGUUGUCGAGUGCCAGUGCUUGGACGGGUUCGUACAUAUUACGGAGAACCCAAGCGAGGCCGGAUGCGAGAGGAAGAAUCCUUUGAAUUGCUCGUCGAACCAAUUUUCCAAGGUGCAGAACGUGAAGGUGCCCGACACUGAGAACGCUACACCACGAGGCAACAUGAGUCUCGAUGACUGCAAGAAUUUGUGCUUAAAUAAUUGCUCCUGCGUGGCGUAUGCGGUGAUCAUCGGGUCUUAUGGAUGCAUAACUUGGCCUGGUGAUCUGUUGGAUCUCAGAACUUUUGUCGAUGAAGGAGAUGAUUUAUACGUUCGGCUUGCAGGAGAAUUGGAUCAACGAAGAAAAAGCAACAACACUGGGAGAAGAAUUCUAUUUAUUGUCAUCUCUAUUGCUGCAGCACUGUUAUUCCUUUGUGCCAUUUUUAUUUACUGUCGAAGAACAAAAGCAACAACACAAAGACAGAAACGACAUGCAGACCAUAAAGAUCAACUUGAAAUAAGAGGUGCAGAAUCUCUAUUGUUUGAUUUGGAAGCUAUUAGGACAGCUACGGAUAACUUCUCUGAUAGAAACAAGCUAGGAGAAGGAGGAUUUGGGCCUGUUUAUAAGGGAACACUGGAGAAUGGAGAGCAUGUAGCAGUAAAAAGACUUUCAGGAAGCUCAGCACAAGGACUAGAUGAGUUUAAAAAUGAAGUGUUUCUAGUUGCCAAACUUCAACAUAGAAACCUCGUGAAGCUGUUGGGCUGUUGCUUAGAAUCAGAGGAGAAACUACUCGUUUAUAAUUACCUUGCUAAUACAAGUCUUGACAAGUUUUUGUUUGGUAUAGUUUCAAUCUCCAGAAAGCAGUUGGAUUGGGCAACAAGGUUUAAGAUCAUUGAGGGCAUUAGUCGAGGACUUAUUUAUCUUCAUGAAGAUUCACCACUAAAGAUCAUUCACCGGGACUUAAAAGCUAGUAACAUCUUGUUAGAUGCAAACAUGGAUCCCAAAAUUUCAGAUUUCGGUCUUGCGAAGCUUUUUGGUGCAGAUGAAACCCAAGGAAAUACUAAAAGAAUUGCCGGAACAUUUGGAUAUAUGGCACCGGAAUAUGCCAUUCAUGGACUCUUCUCAAUUAAAUCAGAUGUGUAUAGCUAUGGUGUGUUAGUCUUAGAGAUUCUAACUGGUCAGAAGAAUAGUCGUCACCGAGGCUACGAAUAUCCAAUGGAACUUGUCACUCAUGUGGUCUGGCGCCAUUGGACCCAAGGAAGUGCCCUGCAAGUGAUUGAUCAAGAGCUAGUUGAACAAUGUCAUGCUCAGCAAAUAUUAAGGUGCAUACAUAUAGGGUUACUAUGCGUGCAAGAAGAUCCAACUCAAAGACCCACCAUGGCCAAUGUUGUUCUUAUGCUCAACAGCCACUUUGUCGACCUUCCUAUUCCUUCAGUACCAGCAUUUCUUAGCAACUAUAAUACUACCGGUGAAUCAAAUGACAUUCCAAGGAGACAAAACUCUAGCGGAAGUAUGGGAAUUCUAAUGAAAAUUUCUAAAAAUGAUGUUUCAAUCUCAGAGUUGGAGCCUAGAUAG